AUGUCCGACUGGCCAGCAGCCUCUGAGAAUAGGAAACAAAAACCCGCCAUGAAGGAGCGAGACAGGGCUGCGGGAGUAACUUCUGAGAAGGGAGACAGCUUCAGAUCAUGUGUAGUCAUUCCAACCGGUAACCUCUUAACAUACGAGGCAGGGAAAAGAUGGAACCAGCCAGGAUCCAAAUAUUUCUCCAGUGUGCCCGGCCUAAUCCUUGGCGAGCCGUUUGAUACACGUAAACCCAGGAAAGGGCGCUGGGGAGAAAUUGCAGACUCAAAGAUAGCACGUGAUUCCGAGUGUUUCGAUGAGGCCUGGGAUAAGAUGAAGAUCAGCAGAAUAGACAGAGAAGAGAUAGCGAUGGAGGAUGCUAGAAGAGACUUACAGAGGCGUAUAGAUAUUUGCCUUUACGGUGCACCGCGCGUACCAGAAGUUAAACUAGAUCCAUGUCCUGUUCGCAGAAGAGAA